AACUCUGGCCUCCGGCGCGUUCGGAGACGUUUCCUUUCUCUUUCUUGAUUCACUAUCACCUCACGGAGCCUGUGUCGCUCUCCACUGACAGAAGGAUGCAGUGGACGUCAUUCGUUCAGAAGGCCCAGUCUUUCAUCGACCCGGCCAAUUUCACCCUACCAACGCUCACUUCCUCCGAUCGCAACCCGUCGAAGGCCUCCUUGUUUCGCCAACAAUUCCGACUGCCCGACUCUCAGAACCCACUCCAGGAGAUCACAGCGGAACUGAUCCUUCCUCUCCCCCACAUAUCCCCCUCCGGGGAUGGUCCUCGAAAUCUCGACCACGCCGGCAACCGAUAUGCCGGGCGACUCCACCUCAGUGAGCGGUUUCUCUGCUUCUCCACCCAGGCCACAAGUUUCGCUCCUUCCUCCAGUCUUCCGGCCUCAACACAUUGGGCCGGACAAACCAAUGGGACAGGCCCAUCUGGCAAUGGGUUCACCAUCCCGCUGUGCUGCAUCCGGCGCGUGGAGCGGCUGAACAGCCUCGGCCAUGUCUUUUCUCUCGCCUUGACGACUUGGAAUGGCGCGCUAGGCAAACAACAACCCCCGGGCUUCACCCCGCAGAGAUUCACCAUCCAGCUGGCUGGAAGCAGGCAGGCCUGCGAGCGGUUCUGCGACGGGCUGAAGAAGGGACUGCGGGAGGGCAUGAAGGAAAUCGAAAAUUUGCGCAUUAUCGUCAAUGACUGCUAUUCGGAGUACCUGCUUUCCGGCGCCAAGGGCAAGGCUUCAGAGGGCGAUGCCUCGGAAGUGCGGCAGCCGCCCGAUGCUGGGCUGGGGAUGAUCUUCCGCUAUCCCGGCGAUGCUCGCAAACUUCGAGACCGCAGUAAAAUGCGAUUGUGGGGGGAAUACUUUCGAGAAAAUGGUCGUAACGCGACUCUUAUCCGUCAGCCUACCUUCCACAAGUUGAUCCGAGUGGGUCUACCCAACCGCCUCCGCGGUGAAGUUUGGGAGGUCACUUCGGGUUCCUUAUACCUCCGGUUGCGGUCACCGAAACUAUACACGGAUACGUUGUCCAAGUUUUCGGGACAAGAGUCCCUGGCGAUCGAUGAGAUCGAGAAAGACUUGAACCGCAGUUUGCCGGAGUAUGCCGGCUUCCAGAGUGAAGAAGGUAUCGGGCGCCUGCGACGAGUCCUUACGGCCUACAGCUGGAUCAAUGCGGAAAUCGGAUAUUGUCAGGCGAUGAAUAUCGUGGUCGCGGCUCUUCUAAUAUACAUGUCCGAAGCUCAAGCUUUCUUUUUGCUCUCUGUACUCUGCGAUCGGCUGUUACCAGGCUACUACUCGACCACCAUGUACGGUACCUUGCUCGACCAGAAAGUCUUCGAGUCUCUGGUCGAAAAGACUAUGCCUGUGCUCUGGGAACAUUUGACCAAAUCCGACGUUCAACUCUCUGUGGUCUCUCUUCCUUGGUUCCUGUCGCUUUAUAUCAACUCAAUGCCUCUGGUGUUCGCUUUCCGUGUCUUGGACGUCUUCUUUCUGGAGGGACCCAAGGUUCUGUUCCAGGUCGGUCUGGCUAUUCUUCGGAUCAACGGCGAGGAACUUUUGGAUAUCCAGGAUGAUGGGUCUUUCAUCUCUGUUCUCAAGUCGUAUUUCUCCCGCCUGGAUGAGUCGGCCCAUCCAAGAUCUGAGAACCCCAAGCUCCGCGCGAUAACCAGAUUUCAGGAGCUGAUGGUCGUCGCCUUCAAGGAGUUCUCUCAAAUCACCCACCAGACAAUCAUCGAGCAACGAGAAAAGCACAAAGACGCUGUGCUGGAGAACAUCGAAAGUUUCGCCAAACGCACUUCCAUCCGCAAUCUGGGUCCGGACAGCAAGAAGCUCAGCAUGGACGACCUUGGUGCCAUCUAUGACCGUUACUACGAAGUCCUGUAUGACAACCAACAAAGGCAGAAGCUGAUGGAGGAAGAGAGAAGACGUCAGGAAAAGAAACGAGUCGAAAGAACUUCCAUUCUCGGGCCUCCCGUUGAUCGAGAGGUUGGCCGUGUCGGUCUCGGUCCUAGUCCGACCCAUAUGGAUUAUGAUGCUUUCCGAGAGUUCCUGGCUGUCACGGCGAAGUGGGCAGUUUCGGACUCGCCGCGUAAGGAUUCAAGUAGCGAGCAGGGCUCCAACAGCUUCCGAGGCUGGGGCAAGGCAGCGUCGUGGAACAACAAGAAUCAACCCACCGAUCACGAGUUCAUGCAACGGCUGUACCGGAAAUGGGCGACUGAUCCCGAAGAAGGUAUUAGCUUGCAGAACGUUGUCAACGGUCUUGCUCGGUUGAAGGGCCCGCGUGACAUCAUGAAUAACAUCCAGUAUUUCUUUGAUCUAUACGACGAUGAGGGAAACGGCACGGUCGAUAGAGAAGGCAUUCUCCGCAUGUCUGAGGCCCUUCUAUUCCUCUCGAGACGCGGCUUUGAAGGCACCAUUACGCCUACGCAGUCGGUCGACGAUCUCCGAGCGAUCGAUCGAGCCCGCUACGAAGAUAAGCUGAGCACCGAUGAAAGAUUCCUGGGGAGCGUCAGUUCCUUCAUCCGGCGUUGUUUCGAGUAUGCCGACCCCAGUAAUCCCGGGAGCAAGGCAGCAGCAGAGGCCCAGCAGGAUGCCGAUGAGGCUGCGGACAAACUGGGGUCUUUCAGCAUCGGUGAUGACGAGGAGGAGGACCUGAUCGAUGUGGAUAGCGAUACCAAGUCCGAUCAUUCAGCGGUAAUGGAAAAGCCCUCUCAACUCGAUCCGGGAGAAAAGCACGACCCAGAACAGAACCGUACCAUUUCUGAGAGCGCCAAUCCGGCCCUUGACCCCAACAAUCCUCUACACAUCACUCUUCCCACGUUCCGCAUGGUCAUUCUAGCUGACGAGCUCUUGGAACAAUUUUUCGACUCCUAUUUUCCCCAGUCAUUUCACCUGUCGGACCAUGGCUCAUACGCAGCGACCGCCACCUCCCUUUCGUCGAAUCUCACGACCUUCUCCAACAUCAACGCUCCCAAGCCCCUGAGUAGUACCAUGUCCGCUCCCUCUGUUGGAGGCGCAUCAGGUGGUAUCGUGCCUCCCGGGCGAGGUCUCCGCGGCGUUCUGGACAAUAUUGUGUCGGAUGGAAUCCGCAUGGCCGCCGAAGUCAAGAAGCGCAUGGACGAAGCUCAGCGCGAACUGGAACGAAACGCCCUCGGCCGGGGCGAGGAGGAGGACGAGGAAGACGAAGAGGAGUACGAUGGCCGCAGCGGUCCUACUUCGGCCCCGACCAUCGUCGGGGGCAUAUCCAGCUGGGGCGCGGGCGCAUACGGCGCCGACCCGGACCGCCGUAGCGUCCGGGACGCUGAUCGGGAUCUUCUCGAGGGCGCCGAAGUUGUCAGCAUGCGCGGCAAAGACGAAGCCUCUCUUCUUGACGAUAAGGACGGCCACCCAGCCAACGCCCCUGCAGAAGCCGCAGCACCGGUCCCCGACAACGUGGUCAGCAAAGUUGAAUUUGAAUCAUAGGAAAUAGAUCUCAUCUGAGCUUUCAUACCCGCUCAGUCAUCACCAUUCUUAUCCUAACCUGUCUUGUCUCCACCCAGCUAAUCUAAUCUACAUACCCUUUCGGCUCUCACAUCAUCUUU